AUGAGUACGGGUGAAGCUGAAUGGGACAGUGUUACUGUCAUUCGAAAACGCGCCGAACACGCCAAAGUCACCAAAGGUGACGCCGCGAUUAAUGCAGCCCGUCGUGCAGGAGCCGUUGUUGGGAUAGAACGUAAAGUCGCCGGUGGAACUAAUAAAGCUCAUUCUGGCACUGAUCAUCAAAAGAUUGCCAAGCUUGAUCGGGAGAACGACGUUGCACCGCCACCAAAAAUUAGCUUGUCAGUUGGAAAAGCCAUUCAACAAGCUAGACAAGCUAAAGGCUUAACACAGAAGGAUUUAGGCCAAAAAAUUAAUGAAAAAACGAAUAUUAUUAAUGACUAUGAAAUGAGCCGCACUAUUCCAAACCAACAGGUUCUUGCGAAACUAGAACGAGUUCUCGGUAUUAAAUUACGUGGCAAAAAUAUUGGCGAACCUUUUCAUUCAAAGUGA